ACACAGCAGCAGAACUAGGACCCCUAAAACGACUCCGAGUCCGACCGACCAGCAAGACAUGUAGCCAGACUUCAGGACAAUAUAUCCCAGUCUAGAGCCUUGGAGGGCGUCCCUUCCCUGUCUCCACGGGAACUGUGGGAUGUGGGGAUUCCCUGCUGGGACAGAGCCAGCCAUCUAUGCAGAAUUCCCGCAAGAGCCACCUGGUUGCUACACAACCCCCCAGCUCCUUCGUGACGUCGAGAUGUUAUAGAGCCCAUCUUCCCCGGCAUUCCAACAGAAGACGCUGCUUCUGUUGUUUACGCCUCUACUUCUUCCUGGCCCUCGGCGGUCUUCGUCGUGUUUUAGCUACGUCAUUGGUGUGCGACAACAACUUGGAAGCAACCUCUUGCUGGAAACCCGUACCAUGAAGCCACCUUCGAGGCUGCGUUCAGCCCCUGCUCGCUAUGAUCUGGGCCCCACAACCCAGGUUUGGACAGACCGAGAAAAGCGACGCCUUCUCCAAGCCUUGAGAGCUCAAGGCCAGGGUCCGCUGCGGCCGGAACUGUUGAAGAAAUACCUGCCUUCAAGGGAUGAAGCAGAGAUCUUGGCAUUUGUGCACCACUUGAAAGAGCGUGUGGCAAGGGAGGCAGUCAAGGAACAGUAUCAGUAUCGUCAACGUAAACAGAAAGAUGCCCCAAUUCCAGCACCUAUUGAGGUAUGGACAGAGCUUGCUGAAAAACUAACAGGUCGUCUUGAGGAUGCUGUGACAGCUGCUUUUUCCCAGGUUUGGACAAUUGCAUCUGCUGAGCCACUCAGCUUGCACCAUUCUGUGCCCCCAAAACCUGUGGUGAAGAACUCUCAAUCUUCAUCCCCAACUCUUCAUAGUGAGGGUACAAAAUCCAACGAAGAAUCUCAGGAAACAGCUGUAUCAUCCAAUAUAGAGGAACUAGCCCCUGCAGAAAAUGGUGGAUUCUAUGUGGACUUCGAAAAGAUCUACAAGUACCUCUCUGUGAUCUCACGUGGCUCUAAGGCUCCAGAACUUCCCCCAGGUGAGUCAGCUGUGCUCCUAGAUUUGCUACUGUCACUGCCUGAAGAGCUGGGCUUCCUGGAUUUUAAGAAGCUGAAGAGUCAUAUGCACAAAUGUUAUAUGGAGUUGAGUGCUCACUACACAGGUGAAAAAAACAAAAUGAAAGAGGCCAGCCAGGCUGCCAAUAGUAGUGAGGAGCCCCAUGUGCACCCUGCUACUAGCUGCCUUCCUCAGCAGCAAGAGCAUACUACUUCAGCAAAUUCUGAAACUGAUACAGCAUCACCUUUUGCCUCUGCCAUGGACUGGAAGACUCUGGGUAUCUGCCCUUUGAACUCAUUCUUGUUUCCUUUAGAUGUUCUGGUACGAAAAGAAGAAAGCUUUGAUUGAGGAAAUUGGAUUCUGUGCUGUCAGGUGUCUAUAAUGAACUGUGUCCUCUCAGAACAUUUGUAAGCUGUUUACCAUAGCCACAGUCCUCUCAUUGCAGCUCCUAUAGCAGCAUGACCUACUUUUUACAUCUCAAAAGUCAUGAUACUUAUUUUGGACUUCUAUUAGGACUAUGUACACUGCUAUUUUGUCAUAACUGUAUUUCUCCUGUAUGAUGAUUACUAGAUCUUAUUUGACCAGUUCAGAAGUGUUACAGUCUACAUCCUGUUGUAGCUAGAGAUCAUUCCCGAGUUAUUCAGUACAGCUGAACUUUUAUUGUGUACUAUGAAAAUAUUAAUUUCAUGUAACUUGUCCAGUGCCUUCUCACUGUAAUGUGCUUGCUGAAGAUUCUCUUGAGCAGGCUCUUUAUCAGCUUUCAUGAUUUCUAUAGCUUGACUGCAGAAGAGGUGGGAAAAGAUCUUCCUCUGUGGCAAAAAUUAAUAGUGUUAAGUGCUUAGGAAUUUUACUGUUAAGCAUUGCAUUAUAAAGCAAUAUUUCUUCUUAGACAACUUUGCUCUGGAAGCUAAAAUGGCCUGGAGCCCUAUUUCUAAAAGUAUCUUGCAAAAAUAUGCAAAGCUGCCAAUAUACUCUGGGAAACCUUAUCAAAUAUCCUAUACCACCUAUACAGUGCUGUGCUGUUAAGGUUGUAGGGGCUGAAGAAUGCAGUCACUGUCAGAAUAUUAUUACCAUGCUAAGAUAAAGUUGCUACAUGAUGGCUGGCAUGUACGAAUCCUACAACAAUCUGUAUUGGAAUGUAAACCCGUCAUGGAGUAUUACUGGUGUUUACUGAGAUCAGUAUGGAUGCACUUGGACUCAGAACAGCUCACAGCAGUACUUGCCAUAAAAUGGGGGGGACUAGAAUGCAUACUUUUAAACUACUAUUAACAUUGCUUAUCUUGCAGCUUAUUUCAAACUUAAGAUUCCAAGAAAUAUAAUGAAUUCAGCUGACCAACAUGAUCUUGUUAACCAGGAAAGCCGAUUCUAGCUUCUGUGAUUGCAACAUGUAUGCAUAUGGCUUAACAAGACACAUUACUAGCUUAGAUUAUCUUGCUUUUCACUCAUUUUAUUCUACUAUUAAGAACCUAAGUGACAGGUAAAUCUAGAAGAUUAGUGUGCCAUCUUUGCAAACACUUGGAAUGUUCUUACAAACAUUGUGAACUGACUCAGGUGUGCUGCAAUGAGACAGCAAGCAGUGCUUCUUAAUUCACUUUUUUAAGGCAAGUACGUACUUUAAAAAUUACACAGGUCUUUACUAAUGACUAGUAGUAACCAAUUUGUGUCAAGUGUAUUCUUUAUCCAGUAGUGCCAAGCUCUUUCCACAUGUUAUAAUACUGUCAAUGCAGAUGUUGUUUGAAUCAAACUUAGUAACAAAAAGAUAUUCUACCAUAGAAAUCACAAAACUCUUAAUGUCAUCCCAGUUACAGAUUUUGGUUUGAAAUGUGACCUUUAUGUCCAUCUCUUGGAUUAUAUGACAAGUGGGUUGUCUAAUUGUUGAAAAAAAAUGUUUCUGGUAUUUUGUUUUAUUGGUAGAGAACAGAAUAAUCCUGGAGCCAGCAUGCUGUGUUAUAGAACAGAAAACGCAUAUACUGAUUCUCUGUGGAGGAAGUUGUUUUCCCAGCUGGUGGGGUAGAUUUAAUAAAAGGACAAGGAGCAGUAAGACGAUGUCCAGGACUCCCAAUGCACAGAGUUCAUGUAGCUUCUCCAUUUUCUUUAUUAGCUUGAAUACAGGAGUGCAGUGAAGCCUAAAGAAUAAAAAUAACCAGUUAAACACAGCAAUUCACAUAUGAUUCUAUAGAGAAGAAACAUUUCUGCCAUUUAGAAGGGACAUGAAUUCACUCUGAGCCUCUGCUACUUUUUUCUUUAGUAAAGCUUGUAAUACACCAUAAUCUUCAUCAGAAGGAAAGAGACAUUUUGCAAACAGUAAGGACUGCGGACUGAUAAUUGCUAAAGACAAUGCAACUACUUCAGGGUUACAAGAGCAGAGUGUUUGUAUUACAGAUAAAUAACUUAGUGGCAGAUUAUCAUUUUACCUGGGUUAGAAACUGCUUUCUCCUUAAGUGCCUGUAGAACUGCAACACACAUGGAUUGGCUCUCACCACCUUGGGAUCAAAAUCCAGAAUACGAAGACCAGCAAGGCCACGAGCUCGAGAAAGUGCUACGUAAGCCUGGCCGAAUUCAAAAACACGAGCCAGGGAGAUCUCAACACAGUCCAGAGACAUACCCUAAUAAAAGAGUAAAGAGUGAAAAAUUGGAAGCAGAUACCUAUCAAAAUAACUAGGAAGUAUUGGCACCCUCACUGCAGUAAAAUACCUACAUAGUUCAAGUAUUUGAAGAUAAUGUAGCUCAGGGUAUACUUUAUCCCUAGUAUGACAUUAUUACCCAUUGUGGGGACAUGGCAAGAAUUGCCACUGCUGAAUAGGUUUUCUGCAGUUCCUUUGUGGGGUGACAUUUCUAGGACAGCCACACCUUGCAAGUAGAACAGCUUGAGCGUAAUUGAUCCAUAGAAUUACUCUGCCUAGAUUCCGCUGCACUGCUGGCUUAUAAAUCAUAGGAAAGAGCAAGACAAAUAAGUUGGAUUCCUGCAGGACCCCACUGAUAACAUCCUAGAACCAUAGUAAGUUUGGUAGGCACUUCAGUACAGAUAUAUAUAGGCUCUCAUGUUGCUUGAAAACAUCCCACUAUAGUUGGUAAGAAAUAGGGAAAGGAUCUACUGCUUUUUGCCAUUUCCAUUGUGUUCUGUUGAACUGACAGGGAGUUCCUUUCCAUAUUUGUUAUUUGGGAGGAAAACAAACUGGGAACAGCACAAGAUAGCGAUAAACAAUGUUUUUACAUUAUUCUAAUAAAAGGAAAUCGCCUGCCUGCUCAUCCAA